GCCUCUGGCGAUGCCAUGUCAAUGCGCGCGGCUGCCAUAGGACCAGCCUUAGAGGCGUUUCUCCUCGGAGUUUCAGCAAGUGCAGAACAAGCAACAGACUCACAAUCACACGAGGGCGCGCACACCAGACUGCCGCAGUGGAGUGGAAGUUUCCCCGCAGCACCCAAAGCUACACACACACACUGAAACCACGCAUCUGUUCUUCUGAAGAGAAGACCUCAGCGAGGGAUCGGGAAUACAAACAGCUUCCCUCCUGGUUUGAAGUGGUGUGAACUACCUCCCCGCCGCCUUCGGCCCUCUCCUAACUGCGGAAAAAUGAGUCUGAGCACCAGUGAGCUGGAGGACCUGUGGGAGUCGUUUGAGGACCUCAACCUCUCCGAAGCCUUCAGCAACAUAUCGAGCGUGGACACGACGGUGUGCGCCACGGCCUUCAACCGCAGCGCGCUGCUCUACUCCAUGUGUGUCCUCUACACCUUCAUCUUCAUCAUCGGCCUCGCCGCCAACGCUCUGGUCCUCUGGGUGAACAUCCGCGCCCAGAGGGACUCGGCCCCUCGCCACGAGACGCACGUGUACAUUUCCCACCUGGCGGUCGCCGACCUCUGCGUGUGCGCCACCCUGCCCGUGUGGGUGAGCUCGCUGGCCCAGCACGGCCACUGGCCCUUCGGCGAGGUGGCGUGCAAACUCACGCACCUGCUGUUCUCCGUCAACCUCUUCGGCAGCAUCUUCUUCCUGGCCUGCAUGAGCGUGGACCGCUACGUGAGCGCCACCCGGCACGGCGACGGCGAGCGAGGCCCGCGCAGGAAGCUGAUCCGCGGCGCGGUGUGCGUAGGGGUGUGGCUUCUGGCUCUGGCCGCCUCGCUGCCCGACACCUACUUCCUGCGCACCGUGAAGUCCACCCACGGGGAGGCCACGCUGUGCAGGCCCGUGUACCCGGAGGGAAACCCCCGCGAGUGGAUGGUGGGCGUGCAGCUGAGCUUCAUCCUGCUGGGCUUCGUUCUGCCCUUCCCGGUCAUCGCCGUCUUUUACGCCAUGCUCGCCAGAGCGUUCGCCCGCUCGUCCCCUGCUUCUUCCUCGGCGGCGGCGUCCUCCCCCGUGGACCAGGAGCGGCGCGUGAGCCGCAGGGUGAUCCUGGCCUACAUUGUGGUGUUUCUGGGCUGCUGGGGGCCCUACCACGGUAUCCUCCUGGUUGACUCCCUGUCUCAGUUGGGCCUGGUGCCUCUGACCUGCGGCCUGGAGAAUGUGAUCUACGUGGCCUUGCACCUCACCCAGUGCUUGUCCUUGCUCCACUGCUGCUUCAACCCCAUCCUCUACAACUUCAUCAACAGAAACUACCGCUAUGACCUCAUGAAGGCCUUCAUCUUUAAAUACUCCACCAGGACGGGUUUGGCACGCCUCAUCGACACUUCCAACAUGUCUGAGGCCGAGUACUCGGCGGUAGCUGUAGAGAACCCUCCACAGGUCUGAGGCGGGGUUUUUGAAUCUACAAGACGACACGUGUAACAUAAUUGCUGUUACAAAUGAUUCGUUUCGUUGCAGAAAGACGGCACCCUUUGUACAGAAAUGUGCAUCUCGCAGAAAGGGGCUUGAAGAUAAUGUCAAGGUUGACGGAUCGUUUCAAAAAGCACUUACAAAGCAGUUUUAUUAUAACAGCUGAUUAUAUAUAUUUCACUCAUUGUCACUCAUUUGUAAAGCCAAUACAGUGGCUGUAUAUAUAUAUAUAUAUAUAUAUGUGUGUAAAACCAUUGCUUGUACUGUUGAUGUAGGAUUGUACUCCAUGUGUGUGUGUGUGUGUGUGUGUGUGUGUGUGUGUAUGUGUGUGCGUGUGUGUGUCUGCGGUGUGUAUAAUGUGACUGGCAUUGAAUAUCAAUAGUAUCAACAGAGUAAUAUUGUUAAUCUUUUCUUUUUUUUAAAAUAAAUGUGUAUUUAUAUAGUGUACAUUUUAAAUGUUUUUCCUCCAUUAUAAAUGAUCAUAGGCAUCACACACUGAUCAGUUCUACACUUCCCACAAUGCUGCUUCACCAUUUAAUCGAAGGAACUGACUGGCUCAGUGUUUGAGUCCUGCUGUCUCUGUUAUUGAUCAUGACCUCGUGUCAGAUCAGCUCAAUUCUUCAAACGCAUUCGUUCAUUAAACUAAUGUUUGUAAAUGAUGUAAAACGGGUCUGAUCUGCGUCCCACUGUUAGAGGAUUAGUGUGACCUGUAGAUCCGUUCUCUCUAAAUAUGAAGCUACAGCUCGCUGCUUUGUAUGAGAGCAACAAGAUGUGGAAACAUCUCGCCGUGCUCUGUCCAAAGGGAAGCAAUACCCCCCCCCCCCCC